UUUGCGUUCAUUUCAUAAGUAGUUGAAUUUUCUUUGUGUACGGAUGUGUGUCUCUUGAUUUUCCUCAACAAACACGGACUGAAAUUUUCUUUUAUUUUCUGGAUUGGGAAGCGCCCUUUUUCGGGAAACGUUUUGUGAUUUUCAUCUGGGUUUGCCCGUUCAAAUUGUGCCCUGUCUCACGACCAAUAUGCAGGUUUGAAAAUGAGUGUUCUCCGACAAGUUAAAUUGAUUUCGUUUUGUGGCAAUUGAGAUGAUCAGAAUGUUUUGAAUGCAUGGAAGAAGAAGCUGAUUAUCAAAAAAUUACAAAUUGUGUUGGCAUCGGUUAUAAGUGAGGAAAAAUAAAUGAAAAGAGAAAAUGAUAUUUUGCUUGGUGAUGAUCAAAGUCGUGAAGUGAAAUGAAAUGAAAGAUGCUAUUGAAUGGCAAUGGUGAGCUACCGGAAUGCAAGUAAAGUAAAUGAAAAGCAAUAAUACUAGAGAUGGUGUAAUAAAAUUAACCAGCCAGCCAGCCAGCUAGCUAGCGAGAGUGAAAAUAAAUUGCGCCACCGCCUAGUUUUCGGCGAAAAAAGUGAUUAUAUUUUCAUCGCUAUUUUUCUAUGAUGUUUGAGUUUUUGGUUGAAAACCUUUUCCUGCUUUGUGUCUGUUGGUCAGCGAAAGCAGGCUCUGCUGAAAUGACGAUGAAAAUCUUUUCCACCCACGCCCACCAUCAUUAUUGAUGCCUAUCCACUAAACACGCAACCAGUGCUUAAAUAGGCCUUUGCGAAGAGAAGAAUUAAUAGCUUAGCAGCAGCAACAACAUGUUAACGAUGGGUGCAGCCAUUUUUAUCAACCCAUAAACAUCCCCAGACUAUGGGAACAUCGUCUAGGAUUUCGCGUGAGGAAUUAUCCAGAAAAGUUCCGUGGCCCCCGGCAGUUGCCAUAGCAUUAUCUCUGUCCAAAUGAUUUUGCCCAACGUCAAGUGUUGCGUUGGUAUUCGUAAAUAUUUGUGAGAUUAUUAUGUGUCUAUUGGAUUUACUAAUUGCCUAGUUGCGCUGUGGGUGAAGUUGAGAAGAAAUAAGUAAAAACAGGAAAAUACCAGCAACAGAAAUAAAAUUAUAUACAGUUGAUCGAAAAAUGACCGACAAAGUGACCAAAUUCGAGCGAAUGGCCACAAACAUGGCUUCCAAGCCGGUCCCAAUGAAGCUGUUCGCGGCAUGGGAAGUGGAUCGGACGCCGUCCAACUGCAUUCCAAGGUUAUGCUCCUUAACGAUAACGCGUCUCUGUCUGCCCCUGCCUCUACCGUCUGAUCUCACCUCACUUUCACUGGCAGUCAAAAUGCAAAGCUCCAAACGUAUUCUCCGUUCACACGAGAUACCAAUCCCCCACUCGGCGUUGAGCUCGACAUUUGGCAGCAGCAGUGGACUGAUGAUGCCACCGAUGCUGGAAACAGAACUCGAUCUUCACUUCAGCCUGCAAUAUCCGCAUUUCAUUAAACGUGACGGCAACCGUCUACUGAUUUUGCUGCAGCGGCGAAAGAAGUAUAAAACCCGUACUAUAUUAGGUUAUAAAACGUUGGCUGAAGGCGUCAUUCGCAUGGACGCUGUUCUUCAAAAGUCGAUGGACAUGACAGUUGAACUGAAUGGAACAUGGAAGGCCGGACGCCAAGCUCUGACCAUCGCUACUCUUCGUGCCACACAAGUUUCUUCCAUUCCCGUCGAUCAGGACAAUAAAAACAACAACAGUCUUUUGGUGACAGAUCGGGUAAACGAGUAUUCAGACGAGGACGAAGAACAAGAAUUUAGCUCCGGCGAUGAUAACGAUGAUGGGUUGUCAGGAUAUGCGGCCAAGAGGAAUUACGCCGGUAAGAGAGAUCCGUACAAAAAAUUUGACCGGGGUGAUAACGAUGGUGAAGGAGACGAAGGAAAUUUGCUGCCCUCGAACCAAGUGGAUAGUGAUAGUGAUUUCGAAAAUUUAGGAAAAGACAAAGGAUCUCGUGCAAAAAUGAGUCGUCAACGAAAUUUCAAGCAACGCAUAAUUUCCUUGCUAAAAAGGUUUAAAGUUCCUGACGAACUGGAGGGGGAUGUUCCAGAACGUGGUCCUACCCUGCGCGGUAAACGAGAUUUGGACGCACUCUUCCAGGAGCUAGAGUCGCUUUCAUGCGGCGAAGGCGAUGAUUCAGGCCAAGACAUGGAUAGUCUGUCGAUCGGAUCUACUCCAAAACCCUCGCUCAGGCCAUUUUUCGAAGAAACCAAACCAUCACUUCAUCAUCAACAGUCGGCAGUACAAUUGAGUUCACUGCAAAAAAGUACCCGAGAUUAUAUGCCAGAAAAGAAAACCAUUUUAGAGAAGCGUGACUCAAUCGCCGAAAAGAAAAGCAAUUCCGUUACGAUUGCGAAUAGUCUUAACAAUAGUAUGAACAACAACAAUAUCAGUAAUAACAAUCAUACAACCAAUUAUAAUAACAGUAUCAAUAAUAGUCAAGAUCGAUCAGGAGAUUGGAAAAACGAUAGUUCCGGCAACGAGGGUGGUGCUGGCAACACAGACCCUGAAGCCCUUUCCUCAGAUCCGCAGAAUGCCGGCAGCCCUCCGAAGGAGAAAGAAUCUGCAGCAGUUGAGAAAAAGAAUAGACUUUUCCGCACAAGCAGCAGCACCCCAAACAGUGCCAAAAAGCAAAAGCAAUCACUCAGUUUUUCCUCCACAAGUGAACAACAGAAACCAUCUCCUCUGGAGACCUGUCUCUCACCUACAAACGUGGAACCACGUAAAUCAUUGCUUGAGCAGCUUUCUAGGACUUUCACUAUGGAAGAAUCCCAGCUACCGGAUGUACUAACAAUCGUCGGACCCCCGGAAACUAUGGGUGGUUUGUCGACUACACCUCGACUCAUGUCACUCAUAUCAUCGUUCUUCAGACCGACCUUCUCUCCCAAUAAUACGGCAGAAGUAAAGGCAAUAACACAAGCACUUAUGAAUAAGAUUCAGAAAUACUGUAACUCAACCGCCAAACCACCGGCAACGGUUAAAGUUGUGUUGAUCGGAGGAGAUUGGUUGCAGGGCGCUGUAUUACGACAUUACGUGGAGUUGCUAGGAAUAAGACCCCCCGAUUGGGUUAACCAUAUCAGAUUUUAUAUAGUACCCCUAGGUAAAUUAAUUUUAGGAAUAAUAAUCUCACUGUUAUGUAUUAAUUUCUUUUGCAUCAUAGGAUCUUGCGGCGUGGCCCGUUACCUUAGUUUGAUAGAUUCAACCUACUCCAGUAUGUUUGGAACGGAAAACUGGCAACAGAUUUGCGACAGAGCAGCGAAUCUCGAGAGCGCACAAUCAAAAAUAGAGUCUACCGAGAUAGUCAACCGAAUACAGCGAUAUCUACACUCCAGUGGACCCUGUACGCAGGUCCCAAUCGCCGAAGCUAUGGUCAACUACAGAGAUGAAGAUUCAUGCCAAAUUUUCGUACCCUUUAUCAGUGAUGUGAGAAUAGGAUGUCUAGAAGGUCCCCAACUUUCUUUAGAUUUGGAUGAAACUGCCGGUCUUGGAUCACAGCAAAGUGCGGAUCGCAUAUUAUCUAGUUCACCGCCACAAAGUGGACGAGCUUCGCCCCCAGCUCCUCUUACACCAGCGCCGGUUCAGCAACAAUCUAGCAGUAGUAGCGCGAACACGCUUCACGAAUCUGUAGAACUACAAGUCGAUUACUGGCCUAUUGCUCGGCCAAUUAUGGACAUUAAAGAUAAAUCGCUCGGUAAGGGGCAAGAUCCAACGGGUAAAAACAGUAUUAAAAGUACCUUUAGGCACUUACAGGUUUGGCGAUUGCCCCUUUCACCCAACAAUGGGGAGUACACAAACGGACUAACACUUAGCUACGCCACAAAGGAAAAGAAACAAAAAAGCGUCAUGCGUCUCGGCAAAAAGAAAGAAAAGGAUCGUGAAGCAGAAAAAGAACAGUGCGUAGAAGGAGUAGCUCGAUUGAUAUGUUCUCCAAAACAGUCACAUCCAGUUCCAUUGCGAGUAUAUAUCGAUGGAACUGAAUGGACCGGUGUUAAGUUCUUCCAACUUUCGUCUCAGUGGCAGACACAUAUCAAAAAUUUCCCCAUUGCCCUAGUCGGAGCUCCUCUAGCUUCGGCGGAAAUGCUAACCUAGUCAGUUGUUCCAAUGUCCACUACCUCAGCGGUUUUGGUGGGCAACAGAUUGACGCUAUUAUCGUCGUCCCCGUCAUCACCAUCAGCUUCUUCAACAGCAACCGUCGUCGUCAUUCCAUCACAAACAACGUCCCAGGGAUCACUUCCGGCAUCUUCGACUCAUUAUCAUCAGAAACAGUAUACGAUGACGGGAAAGUCCUCCGCUGGUGGAGGAAACAAUGGUAAAAUGCGUUGCUUAUCUACUUCGUUUACUGUGGCCGGUGGUUCAGGUUCGAGUUCAUCCGCAGCCGCUGCAGGUAAUACCAGUCGGGCAGCGGCCGCCGCUGUGGCUGUCCGCGUUUCGCUCGGCAAUAGUACAUCUCGAAUUUUACGACCUCGUAGUUGGGCUGCCGCCAGUCGAUCACGAUGCGAUUAAUAGAUUUAAUUGGUUAUCCCCGUCGAUUCCUAGUGAAAAGGAAUUUUACCCCACACCCGUACAUACACAUGAAUAAUUACAACCAUGUAACCUAUGCUACACUGGAUGUUUUGUAAUGCUACUACAAGUAAAGCUUUCUGUCUAGUGAAAAAAAAUAACGCGCACAGGUCAAUCCUAUCCGCUGGCUAAGCCAAAUGAAAUGUAUUGAUUUGUUUUCUAUAAUUGUUUGUCUAUUCCGUAUUCUGGAAAUUCAGCACUAAAGGUUUUUCUUUAGAAAAGUUAUUUGCAAUGCUGAAUAAAUAAGCAGUCUUACGAACACUUAUUUUUUAUUUUUGUUCAUCUGUUUUAUUACCCAUCUGUAUUUCCAUGUAAUGUGUUCUUAUUUUUCACAUUCAUAUAAAAUGUUUUAUACAUAUGUAGUUUUUCAGUUCAUGAGUAUGUAUUUUAAGUUUAAUGAUUCCGCGUCAAUCUGGCGCAUAGGACCGUAGUAAAACACCUCUACUAUUGACGGGCUAUCCGGAGCAAGCGUCUUCACUUGGUCUCAGUCAAGGUUCUCGUCGACAGGUCGGACUCCCGCAGCUAGGUUUUGCCGCCACGAGCGUCUGGGUCGAUGUCCUUCUGGAUUCCAUUCAAUCGCCUCUCCACAUAUCUCGUUUUCAUCUCUUCGCAGCGUGUGCCCAAUUCAUCUCCACUUACGUUCUCGAAGCUUGAUUUCUAGCGCCCUUUGAUGACUGCGGCGAUGUAGUUCCACGUUUGAGAUGAUAAGUACACAAAUAAGUACUUGCAGUUUUCACGUUGUUACUGCUCACGUAGAUGUUGAGGAAACUCUCAAAUGGGGGCUUUUCUGAUCCGGGUUUUAAUGUUUGGUACCUGGUACUUUAUCUGGCUACCAAGAUACUGGAAGCUCACUCACGCUUUCUCAUUUUCUCAACUAAUAGCUAACAGAAUCCGCAACUCGAAGCGCCAAAUGUAAGUCGCAUUAAUGGCGUCAAAUCGGCAGGACUCGGAAGAGUGGCUCAAAAUGCUCAGUCCAACGUUUGAGCUGAUCUGUUCUGUCCCACAACAACUGACCUGCUCGGUCUUUCAACGGCAUUCUUCCACUAGUCCUUACGCCACUAAGGCGGCGAGAAAUGUCAUAAAAUAAUCGGAUAUCUCCAUUGGCGACGGCUCUUUCUCCCUCUUCGGCCAGAGGGUUUAUCCAGGCUCUCUUGUCUCGUCAACUGCCUUUUCCAGCAUCGUAAGCGGGCGGCUGAAGUGACUGCUUACAUGCCUGCUCAAUUCCGACUUUCGCCUUUCUCCGAUCAUCGACCAUCAUCCAGGUUUAAUCCGAUCUUCAUUCACUUCUUCUUCUUCUUCAAACUUAAGCGACAGUACGUAUGGACACAUUUUUUUUGCUUUGCUCCACGAACCGAUUUUUGCAAGUUUCUGAAAAGUAUUUUUUUUCUUUUCAGUUAAGCUUAUAAAGUGAAUUUAAGAAACCUAAUCAGUGCUCAUCUCGCUUGUAAUUUUUUACGUAACGUUUUCAGUUAGUCGUACCGAAUUUCACGGCCGGCAUAGUUUGUACAUCAUGAGAUUUAUUUCAAUUCUGAAGAGACAUAAUAUCAAUAUAAAAAUAAAAAUAAAUCUAGUCGUAAUUCGCAGUUAUUUUUAAAACUUUUAUUUUACAGUAAUCCUCAAAAUGAUAUAAAGUAAUAAAAUAUGUACCAAUUCUACAGUUCUGCUUAGUAAUUAAACAAUCUUGUUGUGGUUUUUGCAUCUAGAGAUUCAAUUUCACUAGCACAAUUUCUAAUUAAAUAUUUUUUGUUCGCAUAUAAAAGACCACAAUUGACGUUACGAUUAACUAACGAUUACUGUUUAUUCAUUUGCCAUUAUUGUUCUGGUGUACAAUUAUAUUAGAUUACAAUUUGUAACUUUGGCCAUAAGAUAGUUCAAUUAUCUAUUAUUAAAUUAUUGAUAAAUUAUUAGCUACAUACGCCUAACAACACACAAUACUAUUAAGUAGAUCUAUUUUUGAAAAAAAAAACUUAGAACAGUGGAAAUGGAUAUGCAGUAAUCGUUGAUUUUCCAAACGUUCCUAUUAUUUUUCAUUUGAAAACUCCAUUAUGACGGAAGUCUUACUUGAGAUUGCUUUACUGCUUAGUUGUCAAAAUUUCGAACCUUGUGUGUAAUUGUUGCAACAACUGUCUACAAAGUUUACUUUAGAUUGUGAUAGAAACAAUAGAAUGAAAUACAGAUAUGUAUGGAAAGUCAAUGUUGAGAAUUACGGCCACGAACUGCUGUACUUUCGUUUUGUGGAAGCUAGUCUCUCAUAUUUUAUAGACAUGUAAGUGAAUGUAGCAUUAAAAUGAAAGUGAAACGAAAAAAAAAAAUAAA